AAUUGACAGACCCACUGUGCUGGCAGCGUGCGUGCCACUGCCCGCGAAGGGAAGAAGACGAGCGAGGUGCUGUGUGCUGAUUUCUCCUUCUCUAUCUAUCUCACCAUAUCAAACUCAUUCCACAAUGCCUGUAAAUCAUACAUUUCAAGGAGGGAAAGCCUUUGGAUUAUUAAAAGCUCAACAAAGGGAGAGAUGCGAGGAAAUAAACAAGGAAUACAUGGAAGACCAGAAAUACCGGGAUGAGGAGGACCUCCUGGAAAAACUGGAUUCUUUUAAAAACAAAUAUGCAGAGUUUGACCUGAACGACCAGGGAGAGAUUGAUAUGAUGGGUCUGAAGAGGAUGAUGGAGAAGCUGGGUGUUCCUAAGACCCACCUGGAGAUGAAGAAGAUGAUCUCUGAGGUGACCGAAGGCAUCAGCGACAGCAUCAACUACAGAGACUUCGUCAAGAUGAUGCUGGGCAAGCGCUCGGCCGUUCUCAAACUGGUGAUGAUUUUUGAGGACAAGGCUAACGGGGCCAUCUGUAAGCCUGAUGGGCCUCCACCCAAACGGGACAUAGCCAGCCUGCCAUAGACCCAGGACAUCCAGAGCCUCUAGACUACAACACCAUUCUAGGACCCUACCGGGGCCCCUGCCCUCAGCCAGGGACGUGUACAUAGCCUUAUCAACUCCCCACCUCAGGAUGUGCACGCGUCCCAGAAGGGGGGGGGGGGGGGGGUUCUCCUCCUCUGUUCAAAACAUGUGGGGAGAAAAAAGAGAGAAGGGAAUAAAAUAUAUAUAUUUGCUGUGAAGACAAGGCAGAAUAGCUUUUUUAAGACCAGUACAUACAUGUAUAUAUCUAUAUUGAUGAUGACGACGAUGAUGAUGAGAAAAUAAGUAUUUUUAAUUAGUGUGAGCACUCGUAACCCCUUGGCGAUAACCGUGUAAUUUGAGUCGUUUUGUGAAUAUGAGCAAUGUGUUGUUUGCUGGGAUCAAACUAACAGAGGUGACAAUUUUGUUCAAAUUCAAGGAAUAGGAAGCGUUACUUUUUUCACUGUGACCGGCAAUCAGUUAACACACCUAUUUAUUUAUUUUAUACUGGUUGUGUUUAGAGGGUUUGUAAGGGAAAAUUGCUUGAACAGUUAUUAGGGAAACUAACCCAAGUCAUUCAGAUAUUAUUUUACACCUCUCCCUCAUUUUACUCCCCGCACCAAAUGAUCUAGUUCCUCUUUUAGAUUUUUAAUCGUGUGAAAGUACCAUGCUGGUUAUGAAGCACAAGGAAUAAAAAGAGUGCUGUUUUUGGAAAACCUUUUAUACACAGUUGUCAAGAUCAUCCCGCAUGAUGGAUUGUUGCCAUGCUGCAGACUCCGCUUGGUCAUUGUCUCACUAAAUGUCAGGUGUGACAGAUUAUGGCCCAACCCCAUUCUUCCAGACUAGAGGUGGGUUACUUUAGUUGGGAUUAGGAAGGGGUCGGUGGGGCGAUAGAUUAAGAGUCAGAGUAUGACUAGAUCCGGUGUUGUAGAUUGACACUGGCUUCCUCAACCUAAAGGAGCAGGAUAGAUGGGGUGGAGUUUACUAGCACUUCACGUGGAUUUAUGGAAGAUUAGUUUUAAGGCACAGGCACACACUGAAGAUUCUCAGCAUGUUAGUAUAAAUUAUGAUGGAAACACAUUCUUUCCAAGUGCCUAAAGUAAUGUUGAGAGGAAGUUAGUUACGCUCUAUUUUCCCUCCUGAGCUGUAUUUGGGAAAAUAGUUUUAAAGGUGUUUAUUCAUGUGUAUGUUAGGGUUAGGUGUUCCUUUUUUGAUAAUGUUCCCCUAGGUCUAUGCUGUCUCGGGUACUAUUUUGAAUGACUGGAUCUCUAAAUACAUAUACAGUACAUCUAUGACGUGAUGUUAGAUAUGCAGUUCAAUCAUGCCAGUUUCCCAAAUGUCCCCGCCUGACUAUCCUAGUCUUCAUAGUGGUACUCUUUUCAUUUCUAUCUCGUCUGUAAAAUGUUAUGAACCUGUCCCAUUUCAAAUUGUUAUCCCCGUCUUGCCAUGUUUUACUAUAAUCUUGUUAUUAUCUCGUCUCAUUCUGUUCUUCGUCGUCUUUCAUUCCCCCUAUCAGUCCGGGUUAAUUUGUUUUUCCCAUAAAUUCUCCAGUUUCUGUGCCUCACUGUUGCUCUUCUAUUGUUUCUUUUUUUCUCACGCUUAACAUGGAAUAUAAUAGUAAGAGUAGUAGUUUAAUGUGUUAGCUUUCCAUGUUUUUGAAUAUGUCAGUUAUGUACUUUUAUUUCCAGUGUGUUGGGUGGUGGUCUUUUUAAUGUUAUUUUCUUAUGAUGCACUUUUUUUUGGCCAAAACCAAAGCAAUUAAAGUUAUUUGUUACACUGGCA